AUGCCACGUCUUCGUGGAAGAGCAAGAAAUAUUGGUCGACGUACUCAGCACGCGCAAUUAGUUCAUGAUCAUCGAUUGAAUAGAACAGUAGAAGAACAUUCUAUGGAUAAUGUAAAUUUAAGAGAUCGAGCUGCAUGUACACGUGCAAAUGAAAAUUUAGAGCAACGUGCUCAACGUCUUCGUGCUAAUACAUUAAGACAACGAGAGGCACGUCAACGAGCGACCAACGCACAUAGAGAACGUAACCAACAGCGAGUACAAGAUAAUCGAGCAUUGGCACGAGCAUCACUUAAUCGUCUCGCGUUUGAAUAUGAUCCUGAAAUAGAUUAUUCAUCACAUGCAUUGAUCACGAUUGGUAGUAUGGACAAAGAGUGUCAACAUUGUCAUGCUUUCAAGUACAAAGGUGAAUCAGCUGGUUUAUGUUGCGCAUCUGGAAAAAUAUCACUGCCACCGCUAAAACCACCACCAGAACCUUUAAAAACGCUUUUAGCUGGAAUCACAUCUCAAUCGAAAUUAUUUUUACGGAAAAUUCGUAAAUUAAAUUCAUGCUUCCAAAUGACAUCAUUUGCAGCAACAAAAAUUAUUCAUAAUGAAGAUGGCCGUAAUUUUGAAUCCACAUUCAAAAUUCAAGGCCAAGUAUAUCACCAAAUUGGUUCGUUACUUCCAAUGCCUGAUGCCGAUCCAAAAUUUUUACAAAUUUAUUUUAUGGGGAAUGAAGAGCAACAAUCACAUACACGCUGCGUUUACAACCAUAUAGAACAGAUGGAGGAACGAGAAAUUGUGGACAUUUUGGAAAGGUUUUUGCAAAACCAUAACCAAUUAGUACAAUUGUUCAAGACUCUUUCUAACAGACUGCAAAACGAUAACUAUGUCAUUGUUAUUAAAGCAGACAAAGUACCCUAUGGAGAGCACGCAGGCACAUAUAAUGUUCCAACCAUUAAUGAAGUGGCAGUUGUUAUGGCUGGUGACCCAUGUGAACGUAGAGACAUUCGCAUACAACGCAGAGAUAAUACGAUGCAAAUAAUUCAAGACAAUCAUCGUUCUUACGAUGCUUUGCAGUAUCCGUUAAUAUUUUGGGAAGGAGAAGACGGAUAUCAUUUAAAUAUUAAACAACGGAAUCCAACUACAGGUGAAGAACUGACCAAGAAAGUUAGUGCCAUGAAUUUCUACGCAUAUCGGUUAAUGAUUCGUGCUAAUGAAGAUAAUAAUAUUCUCCGCUGCGCUGUAGACAGCUAUUUCAUCAGUACAUCGUCGAUAUGUAUGUAA